UCACGACAUACAUAUGUUGUGUUCGAAUAAUCGGUAGUCGAGGUGGCGCAAAUAAUUUUCACUUUAAAUGGUUUUCGCAUUUCGAUUGAAAAAUGUUACCAUGCGGGUAAAGGUAUAACGGUCAGACGAUAGGUAAUUCCAUGGGGAUGGGGUAGUAUCGGGGACGUGCAUAUCAAUGCGCGGCGAGUGGAAUCGCGAGGAUUGUUUAUAGAUUAUAGAUACGUCUCGACGUAAGUACAGGCGUAGCGACGACGGUAUACCCGAUGAUGAAUCAAAGCUGAGCGAGCACCGAGCUAUUUAUCGUUUUCCGCAUCAGGUUAAAGCUUGCGAUGACUGCGCACAGCACAGAUGAAGAGAUAAGCGUAUCGGUGACUAAAAAUUAGAUAAGAUUACGACCGGUUUUCAACCAGCUACGGGUUACGUACGUUAUAGCGUCCGCGAUAGUGAUAUCGAGUGAUUCGCAGUGAUCAACCGGUAACUGUUGUCUUCAAUUUUGUGGAGGAAAUCGAAGAAUACAAGAAAGAUUAAAACGUUGCCCCUUUUUUUCGCUUGUGCUUGUGGUAUUCUUGUUUCGUUUUGAUUUAUUCUGUUUCCGUUUUGUUUUUGAGAGAUCUUAUAUUCUGCGUUAAAACAUCGAGCUACCUCUGAAUUCGUUGCCGUGACUCACCCGAGAAAGUGAUAAACGAACAAAAGGAAAAAUGAACUCCAUCGGGGUAGCGUUUCAUUUUUUGAUGACAAUUAAUUUAUUUAUAGCAAUAACCGCAACGGCUACGUUCAAAACAUCUCCACUCGCGUCCACGUAUUCCUUGUUAAAUUCACGAAAUAAAAAAUUGUCCUUGACUCAAAAAACUAAUGGUGAUGAUUUUUGUAGUAGUUUUUGCGAGUGUGACAUGUGGUUUAAAUUGAGGAGAGCAACAUGCACAUCGAAACAUUUGUUUAGCUUUAAAACGGGAGUUUCUAAUACCGUUCAGGCGCUCGAUUUAUCGGACAAUUCGAUAUCGACGUUGCUGAAUUAUGAUUUAAAGGAGACGGGGCUUGUGAAUUUGAAAUAUUUAAACCUAUCUCAUAAUUCGGUUAACGAAAUUGGUUCCUUUGCCUUUGUUGGAUUGGAAGAUCUGGCGGUCUUGGAUCUAUCGAAUAAUCAUCUGUAUUACAUACCUCGAGAUACUUUCCUUGACAGUUCUAAUCUACGAAUUCUUCUUCUCGAUAGAAAUCAGUUUGGCACUAAAAUACCUGAUUUACAAUCCAAAUCGAUAUCGGAAUUGGGUCUCAGCAACUGUCAAAUCGGUCACGUCGACACCCAAGCAUUCGCGGGACUCGAACAUCUGAGGAAACUUGAUCUGUCAAAGAAUUAUCUCAUCCAAAUUGAUUCGUGGGAAUUGAAGCCAUUGCAAUUAUUGAAGGAGAUCAAUCUUAACGAUAAUCCGUGGGCUUGCGAUGGAUUCAAAUCGUUACAGUCGUACCUUGAGAAUAGAAAAAUAAGAUUUGAUCCACCUUGCGGUGCAUCGGCGGGGGUUAAUUUGAACGAUGGAAAAAAAUUCGAAAAAAUGACGGAUGGAACUAAUUCCAGAGGAGGGAUGUUCCAGGAUCGGCAGCCGAAAUGGGAAAGCGAUGGAAAACGAGCGGAAAUUUUAUACAAUCGGCAAAAGAACUCACGGUGGGUUACCGAACCCCCUACGGAUUUGCAUCGUCUUGCCGAUGGAGAGAAUAACGGGAAUGAAAAUCAUAAAAGAUUCCUGAAAAAUUUGACGGAAGUUUCUCCAAUUUGGAUAUUCGGACUUGGAUUUUGUCUGGGUGGUGUUACCGGCAUGAUUGGAACCUAUAUUUGGAUAACUGGAACACUUUCGUGCAGAUGCCCGAAACUUACAACACGAAGGAAUCGCUUAUUUUUGGAUAAUAGUUCUCAGAGGAUUUCAUUAAUCGGUCCAACUUGUCCGGGGACUCCACCACCACCUUACAGAGACGUCUUCAAUACGCCGUCUUUGACCAUGCGGACUUAAUCAGCGGUAAACCGGAAAGUUAUAGCUGGUUCAGAAUCGGACAUGUACUCUUAUUUUGGAUCGUUGUCGUUGACGUUAACGUCUAUAUUUCUACGAUGUGUAAAAACUUUUGAAUUCAAUCCCGCGCGUUUCUAGAGUUGUUUUUCAUGAUCCAGAAUUAUCCGCCUAGUCAUAUGAAACGAGAUAUGAUUAUUUUUAUUUUAUAUAUAAUCGAUUAUGAUAUUCAGGAAUCAAUUACAUUUGAUCGCCCGCUAUUCGUUCACGUAUCCGAUUUUUUUAAUUAUUUUUAACAACGAUUUUGAAAGUAUGUCAGUUAUGCGAUACCUUGUACACGCCAUUAUACGUGGUUUGUUGAAACUUAUCGUCGUGGUAAUUUCCGCCAGUGAGUUAUAUUUCAGCAGCUUAUCGUUAGCUCGGUUCAAUAUUCGUUCAUUGGGCGUUCAAUGCGCAACGGCGUACCAAUAAUUCCGCUUCCUCGUAGAGCUAACGGCGCGAAUGAAUAAGUUUUCUUACUCACAUUAUUCAAAUAAUGCCGAUCGAACCUUUGUCUGUUCUAAUUAUUUAGUCAAGGUAUUGGUGAUAAUUUUCGGAAUAUCGAACUUCGAAAUUUUGCAUUCUCCGUCUGGUUCCGAGUCUUAUUAGAUCCAUACGCAACCGUAACGUUAUCACGUGCAACCGUCGUACCUGUAUUACGUGUUCUCGACGGGAAAUACCUGUAAGAGAAUUUAUGCCGUCUCACCACAGGCGGUUAGCGACCACUGAUUCAUAAUUAUCACAGGUCUAACAAAUUGCCGGAUAAACAGUUGCGUCAAAGCCAAUAAUCGUAUACAUAGAAGCAACAUCCGCGAAUACCUUCUGGCGCGCACGAUAAUCAUUGUUUGUAUAUUGCGAGUAAUCAAAGCUACCCCGUAAAUUGUGAAAAAAUGUUUUUUUCUAUGUUACUCGUUUAUGACUCGUGUAGGUAGAUUUCCAACGAGGGCUACGGAGUGAUGGAAGUGAGAUUAUACCUUGAGCUUCUCGUCUCGUCGCUGACUAGGACCCGGAUAGAACCUUGAGCGUCAUAUUCACGGCUAACUCGCGACGUGCUGUCCUUACGUAGGUAGAUCCACUCAAAUAUCGUAAGUAAUUAACGUUGUAACAAGUUAAAAGUGUUAGCGCUGUGUGCUUAUGCUCGGGUUUCUUCAUGGUAUUAGGAGUGUGUCGUUGAAGUGCUUAUACGUAUCCGUACCUCUUACAAUGAGAAUAUAUUUGAACCUUGGCUGCGUGUUCUCGGCACAUUCUUGAAUCAUUUCAACUUAUUUUCAGGUCUUCUCAUUCGAUGACAGUCGUCUGAAUCUGCUGAUGGCGAUGAUCGCGUGAAUAGAAAGGCUGUCGCGUUAUCGCAUUUCGAACGUCUUACCGAAGUCAAACAUUGCCCGAGUUAGUUGCAAUUUGAAUCGAGAAGAGCAACGUGGUUGUAUGAGGGGUGAAUCGAAGCGAGAGAAAGUUAGAGCCGGACUAGAUUUUAUCAUUUAUGAAUUCAGUCCCAACACCUCUGUCUUCUUCUCAAAAAAAAUUUUAGUGUAAGUUUUAAGGGAUUAUCACAACGCGGGGUGAAACAUUUGAUUAUUUUUUCAAAGCCGAUGCCCUCUGCCCACAGAGGUUUUCAGCAGACUGUUCAAUUUCUAUGAAUUUUCCUACAUCUGAAAUUUUUAGAUUAUUCAACCAAGAUUUCAAGCUCUGACAAUGAGUGAUCCGCGAUCAGUUAUUGCUCAACGAACUUUCUUCGAAAAGUGAGACUCAUUUUCGCGAUAGUAUCAACAACGCUCUUGUAUGUUGGUAUUAAUUUUCCAUUAUUUCUGGUUUUACCGUUGCGCGCCAAAUUCUAUCUAGAUAAUCAUUGCGCUCACCACGGAAGGAAGAUGACUUGGUGAAUUUCUACGUCCUUCAAUUCCACGUAUCUCUUUUAUCUCUUAUUUCGGUUUCCCCACAUCUGUCGAUGCGUUCGGUUAGCGCACAAAAAUAUUUUGUAUCGAUACCGUGAUUCCCCCAUAGUAAAGUUCGCAAUGUUUCCAAAUUAUAACCGGCGUGUCGUCAUCUCUGUGCGAAUAGUCGCAUCAUAGUCAUUAUAUUAUCACAACAAAUAAUUACGCCAACAUUAUCGAGCACAGCGAAGCAAUGUCUUCAUACAUACAUACAUAUUAUGCCGAGUUACUCUUUGCCGGCAGCGCAUUUCGAAUUUUUUCGAAGGAUCUAAAUGCCCACCAAGUUGUAAUUUUUGUUAUUUUGAAAUCUCACUAACAAACUACAGCUCACUAAAUUAAUGGCGAGAGGCUUCAAAGAUCGAUGUCCGGCUACUAUGGUACGUGAAGUACGAAACCCACACUUCGCGUCGUGCCACUGCGGAUCAGUCUUGUCUCACAAUCAGUCACGUAAUUGCAAACGUUACCCAAUUGUUUCCCAAUUUUAUGUUAUCGUCAGUAGUUGAAGUUUUUCCUAACAUUAUCGAUCCGCAAUUUCAUACAAAAAUAUACUACAAAUGAAAAAGAAACGAUAAACUUGAAUUGCUUUCCGUCAAGGUCGGUCAUCAGAUUUCGACCAAAUGCAAAAAAUGCGACAACCGCAACACACCUACGCGAGUUUAAAACACGAACACAACAAAGAAGUAAGAAUUCUCGCUGAAAAUAAUCAAAAACGUAACACUUGAGUCGAAUAUUUCAAGAAUUUAUCUGCGCAUUUAAAUAAAUCAUCAUUCUAUUUGUACAUUAAUAUAAAAGAUGUUGUCAAAAGCAACAUCUCGUAUAUUUCGUCGAUAAAAGCGUGUCGUUAUUACCAUAGAUAUGUAUUACUAACGAUGAAAAUGUUCUCCUCUGAUGGAAUGGCGUACAGAUGAAAUUGCAAAAACCAUCCGAUGAUAUUAUACAAAAAAAUUGGCAUAUCUUCUCACACACCUGUUUGAAACUUAUCUCUAAACAUAAUCUACGGAAUCCGCAAUAUAAUGUACAUUUUUUCUCCGAAUGUGGAGUUUGCAUAAUUGCUGUAAAAAUGACGUGAUUUGGCGAUGUGAUAAUUAAACUUAAAUAUUAUAGAUACAUA